CAGUAUUUGCACUCUCAAUCCUGAGCCAUGGAUUUCGAGCAAGUACUAGUCAAGGCCGGUGGGUUCGGCUUGUUCAACAAGACCGUCAUGAUACUGGUCCUGGUGCUGAGCGGCUUCCACACGGCUCUGUACUCGCUCGGACAUUUCCUAAUUAUGGUGACGCCGUUCAGCCAGUGGUGCUUCCAAAACGAUAGCAUACCUUCGGCUGAUGAGAUAAGCCUGCUGCCCAAGGGCAAGUGCCAGGACCUCCGUGACCCUUCCAGACUACAAGACCACAACGAAACAACAUUUCAUGGCAAUCUCCAGUUCUGUCCCAGUGGAUGGCAGUACGACCGUAGCGAGUUUUUCCAGACGAUAACGAUGGAGAAUCAGUGGUUUUGUGGAGACAGUUGGAAGUUGUACACGGUUCACACGACAUUCUGGCUUGGUUCCAUGGCCGGGUACCUGAUCUGCGGUAUUUUAUCAGACAGAAUCGGAAGAAAGAAGACUGCCGUGAUACUGACGCUAAUCGGAGCCGGUGCGAACGUCGCUGGUACCUUCUUCACCGAUCUCGUGGGGUUCGCUGUGCUUCGUUUCUUUACUGGCGUGGGUUCACUGACUGUUAACAGCGUGAUAUUCGUGCUGGUGAUCGAGUACACGGUGGCCCACAGACGGACACUGAUCGCCUUUGUGUGGGCCACCACUUGGGGAGCAGUCGGCUGCACAGUGCCCUGGUACGGCUACCUGACCCAAAGCUGGCGGGCCCUGCUGUACGCUGCAGCAGUUUCCGACCUACUUCUGCUGUUUUGCCUAUUAUGGAUUCCCGAGUCUCCCAGCUGGCUUCUCUCGGCGGGUCGCGUUGCAGAGGCUGUCCAUUUGCUACAGCGGCUCGCAUCGAGGAAUGGAAGGAAGGUCACAAGAAAACAAAUCUUGGAACUUUUGACUGGUGGCGACAAAGGCACAAUAAAAGAAAGUACGACCCUCUACGAAAGUACUAAAGCCAUGCUGAAGCUGCCCCGGCUCCGACGAAUAACUUUGCUAAUAUACGCAGCAUGGUUCUGCAUCAGCCUCUGUUACAAUGGCUGCAUUCUUGAGCUGGGGAGGCUCGACCUCAAUAUCUACGCAACUUACUCGAUAGCUUUGGCCUUCGAGCUUCCGGUGGAUCUCUUCUGCAUACUCACCCUGGACGUGCUCGGUCGUCGGUGGCCCAACACGGUCUUUCUGAUAAUCGGGGGCACUGCAUGCAUCACCAUGGGCCUCGCACGUACAGGCUCGGAUGCCUGGACAAUGGCCUUGGCUGGUUUGUGUAUCACUACAAUCGCCGGUAGCUACACCAUCACUUACCAGGUGGCGUCCGAGGUCUUCCCUACCGUUGUCCGUGGGCGAGCGGUGCAGCUGCAACGUCUUCUAGGGGACCUCGGAGGACUCGUGGGAAUGCAAGUGGCGGCAUUGGCCGAAUGGGAUCGGAACAUUCCUGUGACAGUGAUUGGUGCUAUCUCGUUGGUGGCCUCUGCACUGGCGUUCUUCCUUCCGGACACAGUGCACCUGGCGUUGCCACAGACGCUCGACGACGGAGAACGUCUGGGCGACGAUAGAGGCCUCUGCUUCUGCCCCUUGUCAUUUCCGAGGAGUUCGAGGAGGCGGGUCACCCAGCACAAUGGAGAACUUUGUCACCAGGAAGACGUUGUUGGCGAGAACGAACACGAAAGCGUGGCGUAG